GCACUCCAUCCAGUCAUACGAGCACACUAGGCUGUCAUCACAUCGACUCGUCCGCCCGUUCGUCUGCGACCGCGGUCCUGCUCCGUUAUUUUCUCUCGGGUCGGAACAUGGACACCCUCUGAAGGCGCACCACGCAAGCUAGCCCACUUGUCAGAACACGCGCAAUUCGUCUCACUGUUGGCUCAAGUGCGAGUAGUAAUGAUGGAGUAUUGGAGGCAGUGUGCGCUGUGGUUGAUCAACUGCAAGGUGCUUCCAGCAAAUCAUCGGGUUACGUGGGAGACUGCGCAGGUAUUUGACUUGGCCCAAACCCUUCGGGAUGGGGUGCUUCUUUGCCACCUUCUCAACAACCUCAGGCCACAUUCGAUCAACCUGAAGGAGAUCAACCUGCGACCUCAAAUGUCACAGUUCCUAUGCCUGAAGAACAUCAGGACUUUUCUGGCAGUGUGCAAUGACGCAUUUGGCAUGAAGAAGAGCGAGCUGUUUGAGGCGUUUGACCUUUUUGACGUCAGGGAUUUUGGAAAGGUUAUGGACACACUUUCUAAGCUUUCUCACACAUCAACUGCACAACAAACUGGAAUCAGGUCUUUUCCAACUGAAGAAAGCGUUGAAGAUGAAGAUAUCUACAACCACCUUGAGGACCUAAUAGACGAGAACGGAGUGGAAGAUGAGGAGGAUCUGUAUGACUGUGUGUAUGAAGAUGAAGAGGGUGGCGAAAUCUAUGAGGACCUGAUGAAGACGGAAGCUCUUGCUCCCCCGGUGUUCCAGAAACAGGCAGAGAUUGACAUCAGGAGUUGCUGUUUAACAGAAAUCAGGCAGACAGAGGAGAAAUUUUCUGACACCCUGGACUCUAUAGAAAAGAACUUUAUGACACCUCUCACUGUGUUUUUAUCCACGGACGAGAUGGAGAAAGUGUUUGUAAAUAUACCGGACCUGGUGAAAGUUCACAAAUCUUUACUGCAGGAAAUUCAAGACUCCGUCCAACACAGGAGUGCCCAAAAUCUUCACCAGAUCUUUAUUGCUUUCAAAGAAAGAUUGCUAAUCUAUGGGAAAUACUGCAGUGAUGUGGAGACAGCUAUUGCCACGCUAGACAGCAUAUGCAAAGACAGAGAGGACGUACGCAUGAAGCUCGAGGAGUGUUCUAAAAGAGCCAACUAUGGCAAAUUCACUCUGAGAGAUCUGCUGGUGGUCCCCAUGCAACGGGUCUUAAAGUAUCAUCUCCUCCUGCAGGAGCUCGUAAAACACACUCACGAUGUCACAGACAAAAGCAACCUACGGAAGGCGUUAGAUGCCAUGAAGGACUUGGCCCAGUAUGUCAAUGAAGUCAAGAGAGACAACGAGACACUGCGAGAAAUAGAUCAGUAUCAGAAAUCAAUCGAAAACCUAAAUCAACCUCUGAGUAACUACGGGAGACCCAAGGGAGACGGGGAAGUGCGUGUGGCCUCGGUGGACAAACGAGCUAAACAGGACCGGCAUAUUUUCUUGUUCGAUGCUGCUGUCAUCGUUUGUAAGCGAAGAGGAGACAACUAUGAGAUGAAAGAUGUAAUAGACCUGCACCUCUUUAAAAUCACAAACAACCCCACGUCAGACAAGGAGAACCGUAAGUGGUCCUACGGAUUCUACCUGACUCAUAACCAGGGUCAGAAUGGUUUUGAGUUCUUCUUCAAGACUAAAGAGCUAAAAAAGAAGUGGCUGGAGCAGUUCGGCAUGGCCAUCUCCAACAUUCAUCCUGAGAAUGCAACAAACAAUUUUCAUGAGUUUCAUAUGCACACUUUUGAAAGAAUUACCUCCUGCAAUUCUUGUCACAUGCUACUGAGGGGAAUAUUUAACCAGGGUUACCUAUGCACCAAGUGCGGUCUUGGCGCUCAUAAAGAAUGCCUUGGCCGCCUCGGCUGCUGUGGCAAAACAGAUCCCGGCUCCGUCAGAACUCAGAUCAAAGAUCGAGAUCCAGGUCUGCCUAAAAUGAUGGUGAUCAGGAACUACUUUGGUGCACCGAGCCCGACUUCUGGUCCGGCCCUCAGCAUCCAGGCGGGUGACAUCAUCGAAUUAAUCUGUGCUGACCUUCACAGUCCCUGGUGGCAGGGGAAAAUCCUGUCAACAAAAGAAGUUGGCUUCUUUCCAAGUGACGCCGUGAAGCCAUGCCCAUGUGUCCCAAAACCCAUUGAUUACUCCUCUCAACCAUGGUUUGCAGGACCUAUGGAGAGACUCCAGGCAGAGGCAGAACUCAUCAACCGGGUCAACAGCACUUACCUGGUCCGCCAUCGCAGCAGAGAGUACACAGAGUAUGCCAUUAGCAUUAAGUACAACAACGACGUGAAGCACAUAAAGAUCUUGACGAAGGAGGGCUGCUUCCACAUCGCAGAGAACAAAAAGUUCCGGAGUCUCUUUGAGCUGAUUGAGUACUAUAAACAUCACUCCCUAAGAGAGGGUUUCAGGAGUCUGGACACCACACUGCAGUAUCCAUACCGGGAACUGGAGAAUUCUGCAAUGCAUCGUCACAAUCGCUCCGGUGUCAACAUGUUUACGCCAAAAGUAAUUGGCGUGGCGAUUGCACGGUACGAUUUCAGUUCACGUGACACACGAGAGCUCUCGCUGCAGGAGGGUGACGUGGUGAAGAUUUACACUAAGUCCGGAGCCAAUGGGUGGUGGAGGGGUGAGGUCAAUGGCAGGAUUGGCUGGUUUCCAUCCACAUAUGUAGAGGAAGGCGAGGAGUGACCAACGAGACAAAAGAAGGACGUGAGUCAAAUCAGUGAGGUCAGAGCCAGAGGAACCUUGUUGCUUUCAUCCAUCCCGAGACCUUUAGGAGCAAACAAAACAAAAAAGAGGGCUGCUGAACACCGGUGACGCAAAGAUGGUCACCCUCAUCCUUUCCGCUUGGCUUCGUGUGGCUAAGUAACUCCACCGUCUACAAGUAGCAGCUUGCCUGUCAGCGGGGGCACGCGGGCUCGCCAGACACCGAGCCAUCCAUAAUAUCCCGCAUCUUUCUGCCUGAACCAGCCACAAAUCCCACCUGUUUCUGCUUGCCAACUUGGCUGGUGCAGACCUGUCAGUAAAGAGGAACCCAGUCGCCGUUCAUGCACUUAUUCGUUCAUUCACAACACAUGCAGACCUUCUGCUUCCCAUGGGAAUGGAAUCACCCAGGCUGGAAUAUUGCACUGUAAAAAAAAAAAAAAAAGUUGUAUAUAUUUUUUUCGUCUCACAUCCUCUUCCCAGUUUGAAGAAAUUUCUGUGGGGUUGACCUUGCCUGUUUGUAUGUCCCACUAAUGCCGGUAGUUAUUGAUGACUCGAUGUCCCACGCUGGGGCAGCAGCCACCCCUCAAAGCUCCACUUUGAUUGCAGUCGCCGCACUUCCACUCAUACAGGAGAUGUAAGAUAAAGAUGGCGUCGCUGCACAGUGCCAGGAAUUGAUAGGUCUUGUUCCCAUUUUCCUCUGGCUGCUCACAUUCUUUAUCUCAGGCGCAGACUCUCGUGUUUUUCGCUUGUGUCGGCCGUUAGUGAUCCUCUUGCUUAUCGGUGGCAUAAGCCCAUUCACGAGAGGCUUUAUCUUAUUGGCGGUAUUACCGGCCCAUCGGGGAGACCGGGCCACAUAGUCUGAUGGCCACCUGACCUGAGAGGAAAUCAGACCUUCCGCUACGCUAUUUACAUGCUUGUUCUUUCACAAUAUUAUUCAAACACUUUUGCAAUACAACAUGGAGCAAAACAUUAAUAAGAGGCCACACACUUAAAAAAUUUCAAUCAAAAAAGUACAUGUAAUUUUUUUGCUGCUCUUUCCUGCUUUUGUACCCUUCUUACUUGAACAAUACACUAACAUAGAACAAACUUUACUGUAUUAAACAAUAAUUAUCAAUACAAGGUAUAUAUUGUAGCCCAAGAAAAGACUUCUCCAUAAAUCUCACACAGAGUACACAUAUUGAACAUAAUAUUUAAGGAUGUUGUAUAGGAUAGAAAUGAAUGGGAAUUAACUGGAAUGUUCAAGAUAAAGAUUUUAUACAAUACUGGAUAUAUUUAAAAAUAAAUGUUACAUUUAUAAUAAUGUUUAUUUUCCAAGUCAGAUAUUCACAAUUAAUUUAUUGGCAAAUUAUUUUUACGUGAUAUAUUGUGAUGCAAUAGACAGCCCAGUUGGCUUGAUUUCAACAUUUAUGGAAAAAAAAUCUGCACUUGCUUCAUUGUGUAUUUUUUUUAUACAGCCAUUGAAACUCCUCUAUAUUGCCCUUAGUUGUCAUUAAUGCAAAUGGGUGUUUCCCUAUUAUGAAAAUUCCUGGAUUUUUUUUCAAACCUAUUAAAGGGCUAAACAGAGUCACGCAAUAGUAAAGCAAACAAUUUAUUUCAUUUCAAGUUGGCAUUUGGCUGCAUUUUCUCUGUUACCCCUCAUUCCACAAAUGCCAUCUUUUCCCACGGACCUUUGUCUGAAAUGUUAAAAACAUCACCUCUCUUUUGACCUUUUUUGCUAUAAGGAAGCUUUUUGUCAGAAUACGCGGGAAGCCGAAAAAAGCACAAUGCACAUAAGAUUAUAUUCAGUGCACGCAUCAUCACAUGGUCCAGAGGUGACAUUGAGGCAGAGCCACUUGUUAGUCAGAAGUCAGAGACUUUAUGUGAUGAACAGAUGGACUCCGCCUCUGGAAACGCACCUCAGGGUGUCGUGACCUCAGGUGUGUGAUGCCCUGGGCUAAUGCACCAUGAAGUGAUUUUGUAACAGGCAUACUUACUUGUAAAAUAUACUAUAGAUGUUAUAUUUAGAAAUGAUGAAUGCAGACAAAGUCGCUGCACAUCAUUACGCCAUAUGUAUUUUUUCCCUCCCUUCCUGCUCGUCAUUUGAUCACAUACUGGUUCAUAGGUUUGACCAACAUGUAGGUCCAUAAAGUACCACUAGAUGGAAGCGUCCUUCAUUUCUGGCCGGUCACCUUCAGUUCGACAAAGUUUGGAGAUGACAUCAUCAGGUUAGGCGUUCAUCGAUAUUUAAAGUGGACUUUAAACAAGUCACUAAAGGAGUGUGAGGUAGAACAAAAUAAAUGCUCUCUAUUUUAAUUAAUUCAUUUUUACAUUUUUAGUGUAAGAAAAAAAAAUAAUUCCAGAAUGACUAUGUUUAAUAGAAACUCCUAGGAUUUUUUUUUUCUUGCCCUUUCGCUGAGGCUGCAAAUUUUGGAAAGUCAAAAUUCUUACUCUGUCUAGUAGACCAUGAAGAAACAGACCGGCUCGGGAAACCCGGAGUGGGGUUCUCUAACGGCAGACAAUAGUAAACCACUCCAACUCUGCUCCUCUAUGACUGCACAGUCAUUAACAUGUCCAGGCCCUCCUUCCAACAAGUCUGCUUCCAGAUAUUUUUCACACACAAAAUGUCUUUGCACAGGAAGGAGGCUCAAGGGUACCCGCGAUCUAAUCACGACACCGUCUCUACACAUCGGCGACCCCGCAGCAUCCGUCUGUCUCUCGGUUUCUCUCUCACUCGUCCCAAGUCACGGUGUUACCCUCUCAGUCCCUGCCAAUCCUUCUUCCCCCAUCUAUCUUUAAUCUAAUCUCUGUCCACCCAUUUUCAGUGUGGAUCCUGCAACCUCACAUGAUGCUCUGAGGGCUGUGUGAUGUGCUUCAUAACUUCACAACCAAACCAAAACGUUUUAGAAUGGAAUUAUAAAAUUGAUUUUACAUACCAGGUCGUGGAUGCCCUUCAAACGUGAUCUUUUUUUUUCAUCCAGGAAAUCAUCACCAAGUUACCGUGUUUUGUGUAUAUUAGUGUGUGUGUGCAUGUCUCACUGACUUAGGUUUGUGUGCUUCAUGUUAUUGAACCAAAGAUGUACUGUAUGCUUUGUUUACUGUACAGUCGAUAUUAUUAUCUUAUACAAUGGUACAACCGCUGUGGCCUGAAUCGAAAACAGCUCAGGCCUGUGUAGCAUUCCCCUGUAUAUUUUUAUUGUACCAUAAUGUAAAAUAUGUUAAUAGUAUCUAAUAAAAUAUGUUGCUUAUCCUAA